CCCGGAUGGCAACAUCGCCACAAGCUGAUUAGUUCGAUUCAGUUCUUUUCUAUCAUUUCACAUUUCUGUAUCCUGUGCGUCUGUGUGUGUGCGUGUGUGUGUGUAUUACAUUAUCAACCGAUAAUACAAGCAACCGGUUCUUCAUUUCAAAGAGGGGAGGGUAAAAUGAUAAACUCAUUUGUCUAUCGGUGUCGAAUUACCCUGCAAUAAGUGCGAUAAGUCCCUUGCCACAUCGACUCAAGUCCAUCAUCAUCAUCCCUCGUCUUUACACAUACACGCCUCUCUUCAUCACAUUUCUGUUCUUCUCCGACUCCCUUUUGCCCUUUUUACAAUUUUCUUCCAAAUGCCCCAACUCUUAACCCGCCCUCCCUUUUUUUUCGGACUGAUCAGUCACUAUAAACUUUGCUAUGGUCUAGAAAAGCGAUAACCUACAGUCCCGAACAGACUUAACCUCAGAUAGAGAAACAGUGUGUGUAUGUGUGUGUGUCAUGAGACAGAGAAGUGUGUGUGUGUGUGUGUGUUUUUGUGACGAACGACGAUGAGACGAGACCUCAGUGAACGAGAGAAUCGUUCACUUGUUCAGAACGUCUCGACAGAGUUGGUGAUGAUGAGCCUUGCUUCCACACAUUCUUCCGCCACACAUCCGAUCAACUUCCCUCGACACGGUAAAACCGUUUCUACUGAUUCGCUUUUAUUUAUUUAUUUAUUUUUUUAAUUUCCCCUAAUUUAUUUAGUUUUUUUCUCAUUUGAUUUCUGAGUCUUCCUUUAUUAUUCACGUAUAGUAUGCACUCCAACAUUUCAAAUGUCCUGUAUUUUGAUAUUAUGUAUUGGGAAACGCACGUAGUCUUCAGGACUAUACGUAACAAUUUUCGAGUCUAUUUCAACGUUUAAAUAGAAAGAUAGAAAACGAUGUAGAGAUAAAAAGGGCGAUACAGAGACACGAGAUCGAAAGGUGGAGCGGCUGAUGCUCAGCCACAUGUUGGCACUAUCCACCGAGUCCAGCUGCAUCACACGAUACUUUACCUACAGAUCCCUGCUUUUAUGUCGACCCCAAAUAUUUCAACAAAAAGAGAAACGAAAAGAAAAAGACUGGAACAAACAAAAACAUUCUCCAUAGGUUUUGUAUUGCGGUAUAACACAGAUACCCCCCCCACUUUUUCUACCAUGUAAAAAAAAAAAAAUGUCCACUUGCAAACUCUAAACAAUAAGUAACAUACAUUCAUCCGUCUGUGGGGACACACCUGCUCCGUGGGUGACUCGUUUCGAUCAAAACGGAUCUUUUUUUGUGUGUGCGUGUGUCAGGAGCGGUACGGUUACCGCCACCCUUCGCUCUUAAUAAUGCCACACCUUGUGUUGGUACACACACUUGUCCGUCUGUGCCCCGUUUAAACAAGCCGGCAACCUGUUCGAACGUUUCGUUCAUUUGGAUCCGUACCGUCAGACCAGAUAGGAGGCAGUUGGCUAUUUCUUUCGUUAUCAACUGCUUGUAUUAGUAACACACGCACGGAAAACACGUCAGCCACACACAAACGCAUAGCAUCAGUAGAGCAGAGGAAAAUGUUGGGAAACUUGGCUUUCUUCGACGUCAAUUGGCUUCUUUUGUACAUGGCCCGUAUUGUGACUAAAUGCAAGCAACAUCUAUUUCCCCUCUAGUUGUACACAACGACGAAGUGCUGACGAUGGACGCACUCAGAAUGGCCCUAAUAAGCGCGUCUACUUGACUAUACUGUCGAAGACGUCGAGAGGGUAGGUGGAGGACUAUCACGUGGCCCAAGGAGUUUUCUGCGAGUGUCCUACUUCUUUCCAUUGCCAACUGAAUGAUGUACAUUUUUUUUCUUUCUUUAUUUUUGUCCGUGUCAUCCCUUUUUGUGUGUGUGUGUGUGUGUCGGAGAUAACUUCGUUUUUUUUUUUUGGUACUCUCCGACAGAGUGGCCACUACUUUUCCAUCGUGUUUCGUCGUAAGACCAAAGUAAACGAACUGGCGGAUCUCUGAAAGCUUUGCGGGAAAAGAAAACCCCAUCAAACAUUUUCAACUGGGAAAUAGUAGACUACUAAACAGCCAGAUAAAAAAGGGAAAACAAAAGGGGAAUCGAACAGCGAACGAAAAAGGGAAACGCGUCAGAGGGAUAGCGUCGAUGGGGUUCGAUACAAAGACACUGUCCUGUCUAUGAAAGUAGCUGUCUGUUAUACAGAGUACGUUGCGCGUAAAUGAAGAGAGCCAGAGUGAAAAAGAGUGAAAAAGAGAAAAAAAGAACAGGAGAAGAAGAAAAAACGGAACGAGGGUGUUAUGGAGGAUGGAUUCAAGCUUGCGCAACACACGCAAAAAAAAGGGAAUAAAAUAAAGACAUUUACCACUCGGCAGCGCCAGCCCACACUCUCUGCCGUUUUUAUAGCGUCGACUCAGCUUUCCGUGUCCCGGUUUUCGCAGUUCACAGACGGCCCAGUGUCGGAAGGACGUCUCACUUUGCUCUACGCUUUUCUCACAGCCAUUUUUGACAAGAUUCCGUUGCAAAUCUGAUUCGUUCCCACUAUAGACGUUUUUUCUUACACACUCAGCUCUACCCCCUACCCCCUGAUUCGGGUAUUAUGUCAAGUGAUUGAAUGGGUUUGUUGGUUGUGUGUGUCUGGUGAAAAAUAUCAAAAAAACAAAACAAAAAACAGACGCAAAACGCUGAGGGAAAACGACGCGCGGUGAUAUCGACUGUUUCUUCCGCGCCGGAGUUCUUUUUGUGUGUGUGUGUCUACAACCAACACGCCCGUCGUACUUCCCCUACCCCAGCUGCUGUUUCCUCCGUUCAGUCACUUCCCUCUUUGGCGUUGGUUUUCUCCCUCGUGUAUGUUGCCACCAGCCAGCCGAAGCGGACUCUCCGCAGUCGGUCCAAUUCGCCCGUCCUUGUCGGUUGACAUUGGUCGCUACUCUUCUGCCUUUGGCUCUAAUUCAACCAUUUCUCAUACGUCAAGCUCUGUCCAGCAGUGCGCGUGUGUGUGUAGGGCAGGAGUAGUGGCCCAGCAGUUGCACUGACCAGUAAUUAUUAGCGACGAAGAACUUUUCGGUACAGUGCAGUUUCCGACUCCCCGCCGAAGUUUCCCUCGAAACGGCGUGAUUCGUGUCAGCGUGAGAGAGUUCGUUCAUUACACGCGGAGUCCCUCAAUUUAAACAGAAAAAAUUAAAAACUUUGUUUUUAAGACUUCCGGAUCUUGUGACAACCUUUCAAUAAAAAGAGUAAAAGAAAAAAAAAAGGAGAAAAUUUGGGGUGGACGUUAGGCUUUCAUGUAACAGGCAGUGUGCAAUUGAAAAACAAUAAUGAAAUCCACUUGCAUUUGCUUUUGCAUUGUUGCUGGCGAACUGUGCACCAGAGAAAGUUCAAAAGACUGGUAGCGGAAGUUGGACAAAACCUGAACUGAAAAGACCAAACUUAGUCGAUUCAAUUGCUAAAAAGAAAAGAGCAGCGUUCGUGCUGAGCUUUCAAUUUUAUUACUCCCACCCGUUUGUUUUUUUUUUCUUUCGAUCUCCAGCCGCGUUGUAAUCAUAGCACACGUGAAUAACGUGCAGAAAACGGACGGUCCGACGGAGGAAACGAUUAGAGAUCGAGGCCCGCGAAACGUUUGGACAGGAAAUUGAAAACAGGAAAUAAUUUUGUGGUGUAAAAGAAGUCACGCUCUGCAUACGCGUAAUCAAUCGUUGAAACAUCAGUUCAAUUCAUCAGAGAACCUAACGGAAAAUUGCCAGUGGACUGUGAUGAUCAGCAUGGCUUGGGAAAACACGUUAUUGGCUUCGCGAAUUUUACCACCGGCCUACACGCCCGUCGAAGUGGCAACCAAUCGUUCGCAGGAUGCCUCACUGAUGCUGGAUCAAGAUGGACGUUUAACUUUGUUGAUCAUCUUAACGACCUCUGCUGGCCUAGCCAUCGUAUUGCUCUUCUUUAUUUUCCUCAGGAUUGGCUGCUUACGGAGCCAAAGCUGCUUCGGUAGAUACAAAGACCGUCACGAUCGAUCCGCUUGUCCGUUGACGACCGUCGUCUUAGACGAUCACGCGGCCAUUACCAAAUCUCUGGCCACGUCUCCACAAACAAUUCAGCUCUCGUCGGGAAGGCGACGAACAGGCAACGGCAACGUCUACUGCUAUGGAAACGAUGACUCCGACAGCUAUGCUAAAGAUGUCUAAUCCCCCAGGAGAAGCAUUCUCACAGCAACAUCAACAGCGUGACAACAACGUCAGCCAACAGUUGAAAUUAUCAUCAUCGGGAGAAGCUGGGGAGGUUCAAAGUGGCUUUCUCCUCUUCAAAACUUGGCUCUCCGGCAGGAAAAGCAAAGAUCUGCCAACUGAAAAGGGGACGACUUACAUCAGCUCGCUGGCCAGAGAAGACGCUCAACUUCAGCAGCAGCAAAUGGCAACGCCUUUGGAAACAAAAAGUCUGUGCGGAUCGCCGAAGCGUCGCUACGGCAGGCCGUUGGCCAAUGGAGAAACGAUGGCCACGCAAAAGCAGCAGAUAAUGGCGAGAUUUGGCCAGCAUUUGCCUGGCUUUGGUUUCACCCAAUCUAAGAGCAGUUGCCUCUUCGAGGACGAAGAUGAUGAAGAAUACGAGCUGGAUGAAUUAUCAUCCGUUCCGGCCGUCACGUAUAGCUACCGAAACGGAAAUCAAUUCGAAUAUAUGGGUGGCCCUUACGGUUACGUCGAUCCACUUUACAGCCAUCAAUUGCCCGGCAAUAAUAACCAGCAUCCAACGAGAGAAAUCAAGUCCUUCGUAAACGAACGCAAUCGCACAUCCGUCCGCUUGGAAGAAUUGGAUAUCGUCGUCCAGCGCGCUGAUCAACGACACUCGACAAUGGAAUCCAGACGAGAGCCGCAACCUCCAGUUUUGCUUCUCUUGCCUACGCUCGUCCGAUCAGCUGAUUCGCUUGUCCUACCUACCAAAUAGAGGAGAUUUUGCUAGGGAAUAGCUUUGUACAUUAAAACUGAGAGGCAGGUAUUUUAUUCAACAGAAAUUCAACUCUUUUGCGUAGAAAUAAAGAUUCAGGACAAACGUUCCUCGCGCUGGUUGGUUGGAUUUUCCCACCACUCUUAUAUCUCCAUGUAUCUGCAACAAUAUGUAUAGCAUAAACAAAUGUAGGUUUUCCUUCUUUCGGUCUCAUCCACUCGAAUUGAUGCAGCCGUCUCUGUUCCAGGCUGCUGGAUUCUGGACGUGAUACACCCGUAGUUGGAAUUGAAGGGUCCCUUUCCAUUGGAUACCUUACAACGAUUCCCGAAUUCUAAUAUAAAACGUGACGUUCAAAUAAAUAAGAACUGUGCAAUUUCUCAUGUCCGUCAGCCGCAUCCAAUCUCGUUUAACUCCAAGCCCACAUCAUAUUUAUGUUCUUGUUGACAAGCGUUUGAUUGUAACAACAUUGUAUACAAGACUGCUAUUAUAUUUCUCUGUUCUAGCAACAUGUAAUCACGUGCGGCUUUAGAGAACGAUUGAUGUAUACCGUUUCCCGGACAAUCUGAUUUGGAUUGUUAUGAUCUCUCAGAAAAUCCACGGCUAUGAGUUGGUAUCGAGUCAGUUGUAAAUACGUAUUUUGUUUCGUUGCUGCCGUGCUCGUUUUUUCUUUUUCUUUCUGCGAAGAAAGCCCCACUUUAAGUCCUAUUGUAUUCCUUUGCUUAUAGCUUUAUUGUCUUUUCUCUUUGCCAUUGUACAGUAUUUCGAUUUUUCUGUUUCACUAUCCGCUUUGUCUAUUUCUCUUUUCUUUUGUUUUGCUCUUCAAUUGGAUUCUCGACCCGAUCGAUGAAUUUCAUUCCAAGCAACGUGAACAGUCGACUGCUACACCGAAACAAUAAAAGGGGAAGUAAGUAGCUUUCAUUCUUCUGCGUCUGAUGUCUUAUUUUCAUACCCCCCCUUUUUUUCCCCCUAACUUGUUUUAAAAUAUUCUUUUGUAAUUAGAUUUUGCUCCACAUCUUACAUUUAACUGUACAAACUUGAAUAAACAAUGUUACUCACA